AUGCAUACUGUGUUCUCUAUAAAGAAAUUGGUUAUUGUCUCCUAUUUCUUGGGCAUCUCAGUUCAAGCCUUAUCUCAUGGUUACUUUUUAUCUCAAGCUAAGUAUGCAACUGAGCUUCUUCACAAAGUUGGUUUAACUGAUCGUAAACCCUGCUCUACUCCUUUAGCUGUCAAAGCUUCUUCUCAUUCUUCUUCUUCAGAUGGUCUUCCAUUUUCUAAUCCUUCUCUGUAUAGGAGUAUUGUUGGUGGCUUGCAGUAUCUCACCAUUACCAGGCCUGAUUUAGCCUUAGUUGUUAACCAGGCAUGCCAACAUAUGCAUCUCCCUACUAAUGCUGAUUUUCAAGUUGUCAAGCGAUUGUUGAGAUAUGUGAAAGGUACUCUUCACCAUGGUCUGCAAUUUACUUCUGGUCCCUUAUUUCUUCAUGCUUUUUCUGAUUCAAACUGGGCUGGAGAUAGCGUUGAUCGAAAAUCCAUUUUAGGUUACUGUGUAUAUUUGGGUCCUAAUCUGAUUUCUUGGAGUGCUAAGAAACAGUCCAUUGUUUCUAGAUCAUCUACUGAGGCUGAGUGUAGGGCCUUGGCUAAUGCCACUGCUGAAUUAACUUGGUUGCAGCAAUUACUGACAGACAUGCAUAUUCCCUCAUCUUCCAUUCCUAAGCUCUGGCGUGAUAACCUCUCUGCUAUGGCAUUGGCUUCUAAUCCAGUUUUUCACUCUCGUUCUAAACAUAUAGAAAUCGAUUGGCAUUUUAUUCGGGAUGAAAUUGUUGCCAAACUGAUUGAUUGGAAAUAUGUUCGUACCACAGACCAGGGGAUUGCUAAGAUACUUACUCAGUUGCCACAAUCACAGUUAGAGGAAGAGCCAAAGCUGCAGUCACAGCUAGAGCUAGAGAAGAAGUCAACAUUGAUACCCUAUCUCUCACAACCAUGUUUCACUAAAUUUAGUUAUCAUUUUGGAAUGGAGAGAGGAGGGUGGAACCCAAUGUUUAGAAGAAGAAGAGAAGGAAUAGUGGGCAUUCAAAGUAACCGAUUUAAUGAUGUAGAUGGGUUGUUUACCAUCUUUGUAGAUGAGAUACCUAACUCUAUGGAUCCAAAAAGGUUAUUCACUUGA